AUGUCGAGCGAUCAUCAGGACGAUCGUGCCAGACUCGCGAUCGGGGGACCAUUCCCGACCGAGGCUACGGGGGAACCCCCCCUUCUCCAAGGACCUCGGGAAGAGCAUCCCGCUACGGCUUCGGAGCGCUACUGGCGGAUCUUCAACGAUCCGGGCCUAUCGCCCCCCGACGGAACCACCGGCGAUCCGCCGCCCGUAUCGGCCGAAGCCUUCCACGGCCUCACUCACCAGGUCCAGCUACUCACCGACAUGGUACAAACCAUUGUCCCCCUUGUCUCCCGUCCAUCUCGGCCCCCGGGACCCCAACUGUUGUAUCAACAGGGGGUCCCUAGUCAAGCUCCCACCCAGCCUCGAGAGCUCCCCACUUCACCUCGGGUGCCGCUAUCUCAACCCCGUGAGCAGGCGGCGAUCUGCCCGGAAGGCCAUUCGGAACCAGAGGCACUAUCCUCGAACUCUGCAGUUUCCCUCCGCGCUCAGUUGCGUCUCGUCAACCAACGGCUUGACAAUGUGCAAAGGGAAAUCCGUGCCGGGCCACCAGGAGAGCCCACGGAAGGCCCGCAUCAGGGGUCGCCGUUCGUGCCGAAGAUACUGGAGCACGCCAUUCCCCCAGGCUUCCGACUCCCCCCCCUGGACACUUAUGAUGGCUCUGCCAACCCGGCCGACCACACGGCGGCCUUCCGCGCACAGAUGUCAUUGUACGGGACCUCUGACGCCUUGAUGAGCAGGGCAUUCCCCACCACGUUGAGAGGGCCGGCCCUCGCGUGGUACGGAGGCUUGAAGACUGCGACGAUCGCCUCAUUCGACCAGCUCGCCAAGGACUUCGAGCUCCACUUCAUAGCUUGCGCUCGCCCGAAGCCUUCCAUGGCGUUCCUCCUCGGGCUUAGCCAGAAGGAGGAUGAGCCCCUCUCCCUUUACGUAAAUCGCUUUGCUACAAGGAUCCGGGAACUCCCGGACGCUCACCCUUCACUGUCAAUGCAGGCGUUCGUAACAGGUCUGCGUCCCUCCCGACUCUUCUGGUCUCUCGUGGAGCGACCUCCUACCUCGGUCCCCGAGAUGCUCCAGCGCGCGAACCAGUUCGUGGAAGUCGAAGCCUGGACGGGGGGGAAACGGCAGGAACACAAGAGGGAAAGACCAGAGCCGGCUCAGGGACCGCUCCCUCCCAGACGCAAGCUCCACCAACCCGAUCCUCCCCUGCUAAGACCCCUCCCGCUCCCAAUGGGUACAUCCCGGACAGAAAUCUUUCUCCAGAUCAGGGAAAGGGGACUGCUCAAAACCCCUUACCCGAUGAACAACCCGCGAGAGCUGGCCGACCGGUCCAAGUACUGCCGCUUCCACCGCCAAAACGGACAUGACACUGAGGAAUGCCGCGAGCUCUCGCGGCAAAUCUACGAACUCCGCCGGGAGGGGCGCCUCGACCCCCACGUUCAGACAGGCAACAUCCCCCCGCCCUGCCCAGACGGUCCGGCCGAGCGCCUAAUCAGUGUCAUCACUGGCGGCCCAGCGUCCGGAGGGGAUAGCAUGUCUGGAAGGAAGGCCUACGCCCGCUCGGCUAGGGACGAGGGUCCCCAUGGAACCCUUGACCCCCAGGUCGCAUUUCCCCCCGAAGACGCCGAACGACUGGAGCACGACGACGCGCUGGUAAUAACCGCCAGAAUCGCCAAUGCCCAGGUAAGAAGGAUUAUGAUUGACACAGGAAGCUCGGCGGAUAUACUAUUCCACGACGCCUUCCAGAAGUUGGGACUUACGAAGCAAGCCCUGAAACCCAUCCACUCGGACCUCACCGGGUUCACCGGCAACUCGGUUUCGCCUUUGGGAUCUGUCACACUACCUCUGACGCUGGGGACACCGCCCAAGACUAAAACGGUGAUGUCGACCUUUCUGAUAGUAGAUCUUCCUACAGCGUACAAUGCCAUCCUCGGCCGACCUUCCCUCAACAAAAGCAGGGCCCUGGUUUCCACUUACCAUCAGACAGUGAAAUUCCCGACUCACGCGGGAACUGGAGAGGUUUGGGGAAGCCCUCGGGAAUCCAGGCGAUGCUACCUGACGGCGGUCUCCCUACACAACAGGGCAAAAACCGAAGCACCCCUGGACGAUCCCAGAGAAAUGAAAUGGCCAAAUCCACAUCCCGAGUCGUCGGCCCCAACCUACGACGUGUCACUGAAAAAGGGACGCCCGGACCGAACCAUUAAGGUCGGGACUGACCUACCCCAAGACGAGCGGGAACAACUCGUCGGCCUCUUGCAAGAGAACGCCGACGUCUUCGCUUGGUCGCCAUCCGACGCAGCAGGCAUGGACCCAAAGGUAGCCCAACAUCACCUCAACAUAUCGCCUGAUGCCCGCCCGGUGAAACAAAAGCCGCGACCCCAGGCCCCGGACAAGCAACAAGCUGUCCGCCAAGAGGUAGAACGGCUCUUAGCGGCCGGCUUUAUAGAAGAGGUCAAGUACCCACAGUGGCUAUCCAAUGUAGUUCUGGUAAAAAAGCAUAAUGGGAGCUGGCGAAUGUGUGUUGACUACACCAGUCUUAAUCAGGCAUGCCCAAAACACUGCUACCCCCUUCCGAGAAUUGAUCAGCUCGUGGAUGCAACCGCAGGGCACGCCCGACUCUCAUUCAUGGACGCCUUCUCCGGAUAUAAUCAGAUCCGAAUGGCGCCUGAGGAUCAGAGACACAUAGCCUUCAUCACCAACCUCGGGGCAUACUUUUACAAAGUAAUGCCGUUCGGACUAAAGAACGCAGGCGCAACUUAUCAGAGGACCAUCAACAAGAUAUUCGCCCAGCAGAUAGGGCGAAACUUGGAGGUCUAUGUGGAUGACAUGAUUGUAAAAAGCCGGGUCUCGGGAGAUCACCUAACGGACCUAUCAGAAACAUUCGCCACACUCCGAAACUGCGGCCUUCGGCUCAACCCCGCAAAGUGUGCCUUCGGCGUCAGUACAGGAAAGUUCCUCGGAUUCAUUAUACACGAAAGAGGGAUGGACGUCAACCCGGAAAAGGUCCAGGCGAUCCUCGACAUGCAGGCCCCUCGGACGGUCAAAGACCUACAGCGACUGAACGGACGGCUGGCCGCCCUAUCCCGAUUCCUGUCCCGGUCGGGCGAUCGCUGCCUCGCCUUCUUCCGUGCAAUAAGAGACCCGAAGAAUUUCCAAUGGACGCCCCAGUGUGAGGAAGCUUUCCGACAGGUCCAGCAGCAUUUAGCCAACCUUCCCCGCCUCGCUUCAGUCACUGCUGGAGAGGAGCUCUGCGUUUACCUGGCUGCCUCACAGCACGCAGUCAGCUCGGUCCUCGUCAAGGAAGCCGGCCAACAGCUCCCCGUCUACUACACCAGUCAUGUCCUGAGCGGGCCCGAGGAGCGAUAUCCUCCAAUCGAGAAGCUCGCCCUCGCGCUCGUGCUGGUAGCCCGAAAGUUACGCCCCUACUUCCAAGCUCAUCCGAUCAAGGUAAUCACCGACCAACCUCUCAGUCAAGUACUGUCAAAAUUCGAUGUCGCAGGGCGACUCCUCAAGUGGUCGGUCGAGCUCGGAGAGUUCGACAUCCACUACACGCCCAGGACCGCCAUCAAAGCACAAGCACUGGCCGACUUCAUCUCUGAGCUCGCCCAUCCCGAAGGGCGGCCCCCCAGUGAACUAGGCGGAACAUGGGUCGUACAGGUGGACGGCUCGUCCGCUUCAACCGGCGCAGGCGCAGGACUAGUGCUGUCGGCCCCCGAUGGGCAGACGUUCGAGCAUUCCCUCCGCUUCGGGUUCCAUGCCACCAACAAUGAAGCCGAGUACGAGGCACUCCUGGCGGGGCUCAGACUAUCCCGCGAGAUGCAGGUUGACGCCAUCAAAGUCCUCACCGAUUCACAGCUGGUGACCGAGCAACUUAACGGCGGAUACGUGGCCAGAGAACCCACCAUGGCAAAGUACGUAGCGGAGGUAAAAAACUUAGCCUCAUGUUUCGCACACUUCACGAUAUCCAGGGUGCCAAGACUUCAGAACGACCGUGCCGAUGAGCUGGCCAAGCUAGCCUCGAAGCGACCCCCGGGCACCACCCACGGGAUCGAGGAGCUCCCCUCCCCCUCUAUCCCGGUCGCGUGUGUUUCGGCGGCCGACUCCCGAGCCACCUGGGUAUGGGACAUGCUGCGCUACAAACGCGACGGGACCCUCCCCACCGACGAAGCCGCAGCCCGACAUAUUCGCCGAAAACAUGCAUGGUACUCCGAAGCGAACUUUCUCCCACCCUCUUCUACGGUGCCUCGAGCCAGAGGAGGCGACGACUGUCUUGGCCGAGGUCCAUGA